AGUUCAUGUCAUAUAAUGGAGAAGGGGUGAAUGUUCCAAAUAAGAUGAUGGACUUCUUAGAGGAACCUAUCCCGGGAGUGGGAACCUAUGAAGACUUCAAUACAAUUGACUGGGUGAGGGAGAAAUCCAGAGACCGAGACAGGCACCGAGAGAUCACCAAUAAAAGCAAAGAGUCCACCUGGGCCCUAAUUCACCGUGUGAGUGAUGCCUUUUCCGGCUGGCUGCUGAUGCUGCUUAUUGGGCUCCUAGCAGGCUCCCUAGCUGGCUUGAUAGACAUCUCUGCUCAUUGGAUGACCGACUUGAAAGAGGGCGUCUGCUUGAGGGGCUUCUGGUUUAACCAUGAACAUUGCUGCUGGAAUUCGAAGCAAGUCACUUUUGAAGACAGAGACAAGUGCCUUGAGUGGAAUAGCUGGUCUGAACUGAUCAUCAACAAGUCUGAGGGAGCCUUCGCCUACAUCCUCAAUUACUUCAUGUACGUCCUCUGGGCCCUCCUGUUUGCCCUUCUGGCCGUCUCCCUUGUCAGGGUGUUUGCGCCCUAUGCCUGUGGCUCUGGGAUCCCUGAGAUUAAGACCAUUCUGAGUGGUUUCAUCAUUCGAGGCUAUUUGGGAAAGUGGACGCUGAUCAUCAAAACCAUCACUCUGGUGCUGGCAGUGUCCUCUGGCCUGAGCUUGGGCAAAGAAGGCCCCCUCGUACAUGUGGCGUGUUGCUGUGGAAACAUCCUGUGCCACUGUUUCACCAAGUACAGGAAGAAUGAGGCCAAGCGCCGAGAGGUCUUGUCGGCAGCAGCGGCGGCGGGUGUUUCUGUGGCCUUUGGAGCUCCCAUUGGUGGAGUGUUAUUCAGCCUGGAAGAGGUCAGUUAUUACUUUCCCCUCAAAACAUUGUGGCGAUCUUUCUUCGCUGCUUUGGUGGCGGCGUUUACUCUGCGUUCCAUCAACCCUUUUGGGAACAGCCGGCUGGUUCUGUUUUACGUAGAGUUUCACACUCCGUGGCAUCUCUUGGAGCUGGUGCCAUUUGUGCUCUUGGGGAUCUUUGGAGGCCUCUGGGGAGCCUUCUUUAUCCGGGGCAACAUCGCCUGGUGCCGCAAGCGCAAGAAUACCCAGCUGGGCAAGUACCCAGUGCUGGAAGUUCUCAUCGUGACAGCUAUCACCGGCAUCCUGGCUUUCCCCAAUGAGUACACACGGAUGAGCACCAGCGAGCUGAUCUCUGAGCUCUUCAACGACUGUGGUCUCCUGGACUCCUCCAAGCUCUGUGAUUAUGUGAGCAACUUCAAUACCACCAAAGGGGACCAGCUGCCAGACCGGGCAGCCGGGGCAGGGGUCUACACAGCCAUGUGGCAGCUCUCUUUGGCCCUCGUCAUGAAGAUUCUCAUCACUAUCUUCACCUUUGGGAUGAAGGUCCCCUCCGGUCUCUUCAUUCCAAGCAUGGCUGUUGGUGCCAUAGCAGGAAGACUCCUGGGCGUGGGCGUAGAACAGCUAGCUUUCUAUCACCAUGACUGGCCCAUCUUCAGGGGCUGGUGCAGCCCAGGAGCUGACUGCAUCACGCCUGGCCUUUAUGCGAUGGUUGGUGCGGCUGCCUGCUUAGGUGGAGUGACUCGUAUGACUGUGUCCCUGGUUGUCAUCAUGUUUGAACUCACGGGUGGCCUGGAGUAUAUCGUGCCCCUAAUGGCCGCGGCUAUGACCAGCAAGUGGGUGGCAGAUGCCAUUGGGCGGGAGGGCAUUUAUGAUGCCCACAUUCGCCUCAAUGGAUACCCCUUCCUCGAAGCGAAAGAAGAGUUCACCCAUAAGACUCUGGCGAUGGACGUGAUGAGACCCCGUCGAAGCGACCCAACGCUCAUGGUCCUCACCCAGGACAGCAUGACCGUGGAGGAUGUAGAGACACUGAUCAGUGAGACCACCUAUAGUGGCUACCCAGUGGUUGUGUCUCGAGAGUCUCAGAGGCUGGUGGGAUUUGUCCUCAGGAGAGACCUCAUCAUUUCCAUUGAAAAUGCUCGGAAGAAGCAAGAUGGCAUUGUGAGCACAUCCAUCAUUCAUUUCACGGAUCAUUCGCCUCCGCUGCCUCCUCAUGCCCCACCUUCGCUCAAACUUCGCAACAUCCUGGACCUCAGCCCUUUCACAGUGACAGACCAAACGCCCAUGGAGAUCGUGGUGGACAUAUUCCGAAAGCUGGGACUUCGCCAGUGCCUGGUCACACACAAUGGGCGGCUCCUGGGAAUUAUUACCAAAAAGGAUGUAUUGAAGCACAUAGCCCAGAUGGCGAACCAAGAUCCCGAUUCCAUACUUUUCAACUGAAGUCUCAGAACUGCGCUGGGGAUGUGACACUUGGAAGAUGGGACCCCUUCUCUGUUCACCCAGUGCAGCAACUUGAGCAUUUCCCAUGUGGGAAUGAGGCUGAUAAUCACGCAUUCUUUGGGACUUCCUUCUCAGCUAACCUGUUGCACUACAGAAUUUUCUCUAGAAGGAGAGCUUGCUCCUGAGGCUUUUGUGAAGUUACAUUGCAAAGAUUUCAUGAAGGAGUAAAAGAAAAUUGCCAUAGGAGAAUGCUCUUCCUUUCCCUGCCCUAUCCUUUUCCCUCCCCUCCCCUUCCUCCUCCUCCUUCUUCUCCUUCCUCCUCCUCCU